UAUAUUUCUGUGUUGGGAAAGAUGGCGAAGGCUGUUCGAAAACUUGUUGAUGAUACUCGAAAGAGUGGUCAUCACGAAUUAGAUUUGGAUGCGAAAGGACUAUCUGAUCUUCUUGAGUUUCCCGAGCUUUUCAAAUGCACGAAAUUGACGCGGUUAACAUUAUCACACAACAAAAUUACAGCUAUUCCACCAAACAUCAUAGAUCUUACGAACGUGGAAAGUAUCAAUUUGUUUGAUAAUCAUGUUGAGUCUCUGCCUUCCGCUAUUAGUGGCCUUUUAAAACUAAAGCACUUAAAUCUGGGGAUGAACAAGUUGUCUGACUUACCAAGGGGUUUUGGCUCAUUUCCAAUGCUGGAAGUAUUGGAUCUCACUUAUAACAAUCUGACAGAGGCAUCUUUGCCUAGCAAUUUCUUCUUGCUGAGUCAACUUCGUGCAUUGUAUAUGGGAGACAAUGAGUUUACCAGACUGCCGAAGGAGAUAGGAAACCUCUCCAACUUGCAAAUUCUUGUGCUGAGAGACAAUGAAUUAGAAGAACUCCCUGCAGAGAUUGGCAAACUGACUAAACUCAAAGAACUCCAUCUUCAGUGUAAUCAACUCACUUUCUUCCCUACUGAGCUGGCUGGACUGGCUCUUUAUGAUACAUCCAAGUCUGUGUUGAAGGCAGAGGGAAAUCCUCUUUUACCAGAAUUGCAGCAGAAACUGAAGAUUGGUCCAAAGCACAUGCUUGAAUUUCUGCGAUCAUCUGGAUAUUCGCUGUUGGUGAAUCAUUUUAAGGCAGCCCCAGACAGACCAGUUGUCGAGAAGGACAAAACACUGAAGAAGAGCCGGAUGAAAAAGAACUCACCUGAUUGAUGUGUCACUGAAGUUACUAACUCUUAUGAAGACUAAUUGAGAUUUGAUGGCUGAUUGUUGCUAAACUGCUAACACUUUCGUUUUACUGUUUUGUAGAAUAGUAGUUCUAAUGUACCAGAGAGUUAAAUGAUACGGGUGACAGCUAAUUGAUUAACUCAGACUCAUCUGCUCCAGUUUAUGAUUUGGAGUAAUUGCUAUCAAAUUGAAGUUUUCCAAAUCUGA